AAGCAGCAGGUUCGAUCCAACAGACAGAUGGACACAAAUCUCAACAAAGACACAUCAAGAGCUGCUGUGACAACAAGAGUGAGUGAUUACAAAGCUAUUGAUGCUGAACGAUCGAGGAGAAAGGAGAGGAGCAAGCAUCAGCAGCGGUAUCUACUACUAGAGUACCAGGUAGCUACUAAGAGACUGAGAGUCCUUGCUUACUUCGUUUUUCAGUUUCAUUGCGAAGGCCAAAGAUCCACGCUACGCCAACACGCCUCUCACUACGACUGACGCUUCUAAAGGACCAAGCCAAGCCAAGCCAAGUCUCGUUAUUCUAUUCAACUAACUGAGAGUAAGUCAAGCAGCGUAAGUCAAGAUUGUUUCAAGACAGACAAAGACAAGACAGCUUCCUCACGAUCACCAAAAAGCAAAAACGACGGCAAAGUGAGUCCAAACAAGCUUGUAAAGCUGACAAAUUGCCAAUUGUCUGGCUGAGAGAAGCUAUACUAUACUGUAGCUACCGGUAGUCACUAGCUUAGCUGUUGCAGGUCCAAAGAUAACCUUGAAGGAUGGAAGGUCAGGCAGGGUUAAAAGACGACAAGGAAAAAGGGGAAGGAGACAGUGGCACUAUUGAUAGUACCACCAACCUUACCAGCCCUGGGCUUGCUACAAGCCCUGAUCCUGUACCGGUAGCAAGUACCAAUGACAGUGGACUCAUCAUGAAUCAUGAUAUUAUUGAGACUUCUCAAGAUCAAAAUCAGACUCACAAUCAAAAUGAAAAUGAGGAUCAAAAUGAAAAGAUGAGUGCAGGUGCACAGGCACAGGCACAUGUGGCAGCAUCAGUUGAAGCGGAGCAAGAUGAAGAUGAGCAAGGUCCUCCCCACUUGGUAGAAGAAGUUCCUGAUGGACGUGACAAUGGGCAUUUGCGGGGCCAAGAUCCAAUGUCUGUCUCACUCAGCGCUGUAGAUGACGGCAGUGUUGGGGUAAUUGACAUGUCCUUACCUGUCGCAACCCUCCCGGGACCAUUGAGAGAAGAACCCACGCUCAAAGAAAAACUCGUCGAUAGAGAGAGACAAAGACGCAAAGAAGCGGAACGAGGAAGACUCAAGCGACAGUUUGCGCUCAUGAGUAACGGAGGAGGAUUAGUAUACGACGGAGUUCCUUCCACAACAGGUACAGGGGCUAUCAGAGAGAAUGGAAGCAUCACAGGAACUGUAGGAGAAGAAAGUAGCGUCGCAGCUCAUGCCGAUCUAGAUGAUUCCAUAUCACACUCGCAUCAUGGACACCAUGCUCAUCCACAUCAUCGUCAUCAAACUCAAGAUCAAUCCGCACAACCAUUGGGAUACACCAUGGAGAGAUUUCUACAGGAACGCGACACAAACAACAAUAGCAAUAACAACAGCAACAAUAGCAACAGCAGCAGCAACAACAACACUGCAACCGCAAGUUCAAACAAUGCGCAGCAAGCCAUGUCACAGGCAGAGUCGGCCGCGAUUGCUACAGUCAUGACAUCCAUGAUUAGAGAAGAGGAAGAACCAGACAAACGAGUCGUCAUGGAACGAUUCUUAAAGGACCCUCCCGUCACCAUCUCACAGGCAGAAGCCGCGGCCAGGGCGACUGUCAUGGAAGCAUCAACGACUAACAUUCGACAAGACGCCAUUGAACCCGAUACAAACACUUCACGUGCUACCGACAAGGGAGUCGUCAUGGAAAGAUUUCUUAAAGAACCCGUCGUUGUAGAUGCUGAUUCAAACAACGGAAUGCAAGAUGAUGAUGAUGAUGAUGACGACCCAAGUACCAAUAGACCGGAUGAUGUUCACCGAUCCGUAUCAUUCGACAUUGACCUGCAACCGUCUCAUCAUCACAGAUCCGCAAGUGGCGCCGGUAGUAGUACAAACAAUCAAGCGGCUCCUCCAAGAGAACAUUUACUACACAAUAUGCAGGUAAACACGGACGGUUCAAACGCAUCCGUUCAAGUUGAGGUGGCACCUGAGGACAAUCUCAAUCUCAUGGAACCGACUUCUCCGGGGGGAGGACUUUCCAUUCCAUCCGUCGUCGCCCCGUCCUCAAUCGCUACCGACGAUCAACACCAUCGGCGUCAAGAGACAGAAAUGUCUUUGGGAAGUGGAGGACCCUCCAUUGACAGACAGUCUUCGGGAGACAGGCCCAACGGUCGCGACCACGACGAUGAUACCGAUGAUGAGCCAAGACUAUUCCGUCUUACAGAGGCCGAAAUUCAAGAAAUGGCGGCGAUCGAAGAAGCAAGCAUUGGAAAUGCACCACCAUCCGAUAGAGACGCUGAAUCGCUCGUGGGAGACCUAGUAGGAACCUUUGGAUCUCCCAACGUGGGUGAAGUCGAUCCGGCUGGAACGACCUUUAGUCAAGGAACACCGACAACCGCAAUGGAAUCAGGCUCCAUCUUGAGUGGAAUGCCUCAGCGAUCUUCGGUGCAACAAGAUGACGACGGACAACAUCGACGAAUGGAAACCAUGGAUGAUUUAGAUCACAAUAGCAUCGACGGAAUGCCCAUGUCAGCUUCGGUGUCAUCUCGUCUUGGUGUGUCGCCAGGAGCCAGCGUGUCGGGGAGUGCAGCCAGUGUAACCGCCAACCCACCCAGUGAAAUCAUUGGCCGCAUCGAACAGGCACCAGUUCUACUCAUGGAUGAAAUGGAGGGAUCGGCCACGGCAGAACAUGCACUGCCUCAGCCUCAGUCGUCGGCGCCGCCUUCCAGUGUCGUUUUGACAGAGGACGUCUCUAGCUUAAAUCCCAUGGCAGUUGGCACGAACACAGGAACACCUCAUCUGAAUCAACCGGCAGCCUCACAACAUCGAAUGGACGCCAUGUCCAUGCUUCAACUAGGCGAUCAUCCCAUGCAUGAUCUUCAAGGAGACAACCUUCCUGUUCGAGAAGAAAUUGUAAAUCGACGCAUCCGUCCUGGGAUGGUGAAUCUGGAGCAGCUUGCUGCCGCGUCGCCAGCCGUCCCGUUACAUGUUUCUUCGCCAAUGACAAAUUCGAGACCGAUGGCUGACAACAUGAUUGGAAGUGGAAACAGCCUCCUUGGCACUCCCAGUAACACAAGAAACGUGGAAGAGUUUGACUUUGACAAGAACGAUCUUCCCAUGACUCCUCGGUCGCUGCUAUCGGAUUCUCUCCAUGAUUUGCCAGGCGACGACCUAUGGACCAGUCCUUCAGCCAAAAUGUCCGUGUCCCCUAUAAAUCGAAGGAACCAUAAUUCUGCAAAUCUCAAUACUCUUCAAAGCACGACGAUUGACCGUCUCAUGGUGCCCAACAUGUCGCAACCUACCACCGAUUCGUCAAAAGCAUUGCGCAGCCCCCCACCUACCGGUAUGAAGGAAACGGAGGCAAAGUUUCCAACAGAAGUGGUGGAUGGUACUGGUACUGGUACUGGUACUGGUAUGGUACUGGUAUUACUGGUACUGUAUGGUACUGGUACUGGACUGUCUCAUUUGGAAGAUGCGCUGAGCCAUGUUCAACUCAAUCGUAACUCCGUCGUGGAAACAAAGCAUAUCGAGGCGUAUUGUCGACGAUCGACAUUGUCGAAAGCCCUCCAAACACGUUUGUUGCCACUGCUCCUGACUGGGUUAAUUGAGAUCCCAGUCAUGUUGACUCUGGCGCGGAGUGACCGUCUAUGUGGCGUCUUGGGUAGGCAUUAUCACGAGCUUUUCUUGGCGUUUGUGCCACUGCUCGCUGCCAUUUCUGGGAAUAUGGGGUUGCAAUCCAGCCAGUUGACAGCCACCGCGAUUGUUCAUGGGCAUGUGACUUCGGCUACACUGAAAGAUUGGGUCCGAUCCGAGUGUUCAGUGUCUUUGUUGUUGGGUGUUGGAUUGGGCACUGUAGUGGGGCUUGCUUCCAUCGUCCUUUUCCGCGACACCAAGGAGCACGACGACGGCAGAACGAACGCCAGUCUCGUGUUUGGCUUGGUAUUGGGGCUUUCUCAGACUGUCAGUGCGAUCGCUGCCGGUUGCUCUGGUUCGUUGAGCCCCGUGUUUCUGUCUUGGCUCUUGAAAGGAUCCCAGGGCGUGGAAAUGAACGGUGUUUUUGAACGUGCUCUUCAAGACGUGAUGAGUGCGUUGUUGUCCAGCGUCAUUUGCUAUAUUUUGUUUGCCCUGUUGGUUUCUCCUUUGGAAGGAGCUUCUGACGGUUGCGUUGCAUGA